CUACUGUACAUGUACCAACCAAACAUCAAAGAGGAUGCCGUCAACACUAAUAAGGUCGAAGAAUCACAUCCUCCAUUGGAUCACGUUGAUUCUUUAUUCUGGAGCCUUCACGUCAGGUUUUCCGCUGAUUGUUGUUACUAGCAGCAGAUUUCUGCGUCGCAACACAGUAUUUGUCGAUUGGAGUAGUGUCCAACAUGCUGUAUCAGAAUCUCGAGAAACUGAUCCAGAAUGCUCGAUAGCGCAGGAAAGCUCUCGCGAAACAACCAUUGCUACAAGGAGACAAGCAUUGAGACAUGCUUGGAUAGGAGCUGGAUCUUGGCUGCUGCUGGCUACUACACCAUCUACAAGUCAUGCUCGUAAUCUUCCCUUGACCACCGGAACCGAUGCUACCAAUACUGGGACCGUGGCAACGCUGACCCCCAUUGUCAGGAUGCGACAAUCCUUGGGAAUACUACAACAGCAACUACUCAACAGCAACAACAAGGAUGCCUCUACUAGUAGCCUGGCACUUCCCAGUACAUCCAUUGUCCCUCGGGAAGAAACCACCUUUAAGCAGCUCUUGGAUGCCUAUUCGGAUCCUGUUUCGUACAAGCAGAAAUUUGUCGAUCAAAAUGCCUUUUUGGUCUACUAUACUAAAGGAUUUGACGGUCCUGGUCGUCCACAGAUCGAAGACGAUUUGCCAGUCAAGCAAACCUUGCAGUAUGGGGCUCGCAAUGAUGCGUGGGUGGCGUGGGACGACUUUUUGGUAGAGUGGGAGUUUGCCGGCAAGACUGCCAAAAAGGAGGGAAGUGCUUUGAGGACCGUGGUGGCAGAUGAUAGCUGGGAGGACUUGUUGCCGCCUCUCAAGCGACUAUUGCAAGCAUUGGAUGCCUAUUUGAGUCUGGCACCGGCAGAAGAUUUGCAACAAGCGCAGCGUGAGGUUCAGUGAUGGUAUGGAUGCUAUGCUAUGCUUGCGUUGAUUUUGCUUCUGGAAAUGGUAGCCUGUGAAAUGAAAAUGAAAAGACCGCAUUGAGAGGGACUUGUAUCCACUACUCCUGUUGCUCAUGUAUCGCUCAUCUGUGGCCAUGUAAUUCCCUGAAAAAGAAUGCGACAAUCCGCUGCAAUA